AUGAUGAAAAUAACACAAGCAUCACUAAUUGUUAUAUACUCAAUUCAUUUACUCUUUACUGAAAGCCUACUGCGAACUGAACAACCAGAAGGUUAUCGCAUAGAACGGGUUGGAUUACAUGGAAGAAGAGUCAACUUUACAUGGUACAGGAAUGUAACAAUCCAGAGCUGGGUUCAGGCAGCUGACAAGUGCUCUUUCUUAAAUAGCCUGCUUCCUAAAGUUACUGACAUGCGUUAUUUCUACAAAACAUUACAGUCGGAUGAUGUUAUUUCACCAAUAAGUAAAACGUCUGAGAAUAAAACUCACAGCGGUGUCGUCUUUUACCUUGGAGAUGUUCUAGAAGCUACAAUGGACUAUCCUAAUAUCGAAAGUGGCGAAAGAAUGUGUCUGACAAUUGAAAAAGUUCCGGGAUCUCAGUUACAUCUAGCCGAAUCAUCUGCAGUGAAAAGUUGCUUAACUCAUGCUAACCUACUUGUAUGUAAAUCCGAAGUGGACAGUAGUAGCGUGACAAAUUCCGAUGAUGAUUCGUACCCACAUAUGUGUAAUUUUGCGGACGAUAAAUGGUUUGGUCCAUUGCCAAAAUGGAUUCUUGAUUUGAAGCAAAAAGCUGAAUUCAGACAAGAUCAUAUAUGCCUAACAAAACUUUUAUUCUGUAUUACAGCAGUAUGUUCUGGGCUAAUCGUCGUCCUUUUCCUUACAAGUACAAUAAUUUUGGCUGUUCGGUACAAAUGCCUAGUUCUAAAAAUGAAAAGAAAACAGACUGGAACGGAUGGAACCAACGUCUGGGCACAAAAUUCAGAAAUAUCACAUUGUCUUUUAGGUGAAACAGAUGGAAGAUUAGAUAUUCUAGCUGAUUCAGCGUUUCGUCGCGAUCCUAGUGGUUUCACAAAAGGAAGUUAUAAAGAAGCACUAGUCAAUAGCGGAUAUCAAAGAAUUUCAAAUGGACGAAUUAAAGGCCUCCAUACGUCGGGUAAACCUCGAUCCGGAAGAAUAACAUGUUAG